ACAAAAAAGAGAGAAGAAAUGGCCUAUUCUUUCUGCUAUGCUGACCUCUGGUAUGCUUUCUUCAUGAUCACCUUAUUACAGGUGCAUUCCACUCCGCCGGAGGAUCCCAUUAAAUGCACCCAUAAUAACGCCACCAAAAACUGCACCGUCACCAACUCCUACGGCGCCUUCCCGGACCGCGCCGUCUGCCGCGCCGCCGCGGUGGCGUACCCGAGAACCGAGGAGGAGCUCCUCGCCGUCGUCUCGAACGCCACCAAACAGAACCGGAAAAUGAAAGUCACGACCCGGUUCUCCCACAGCAUUCCCAAGCUGGUCUGCCCGGACGGCGACGACGGUCUACUCAUCAGUACCAAACUCCUUAACCGGACGUUGAAAGUUGAUAACCGGAGCAUGACGGUGACGGUGGAGAGCGGGGUGAGUCUCCGGGAACUGAUCAGCGUGGCGGCGGAGGCGGGGUUGGCUUUGCCGCACGCGCCGUACUGGUGGGGGGUGACGGUGGGAGGGAUGAUGGGGACCGGAGCUCAUGGGAGUUCGCUAUGGGGCCGGGGGAGCUCCGUUCAUGAUUACGUUGUCGGGGUUCGGAUUGUCACUCCGGCGUCGCCGGAGAAAGGGUAUGCCGCCGUCCGGCAGCUUGGUGAAGGUGAUCUGGAGAUAAAUGCAGCAAGGGUUUCUUUAGGAGUUCUUGGAGUGAUCUCACAGGUGACCCUUAAACUUGAACCGAUGUUUAAACGGUCAGUAACUUACGUGGAGGAAAAUGACACAAAUUUGGGGGAAGAAGCAGCCACGUUUGGAUCCCGUCACGAAUUUGGAGAUAUCACUUGGUUUCCAAGCCAGCGAAGAGUCGUGUAUCGCGUUGAUGAUCGUGUCCAGACAAACACGUCCGGCGAUGGCCUUAAUGACUUCUUGGGAUUCCGAUCCAUGUCUUCGCUUUUGUUAAACUUCAUAAGAAUUGCAGAGGAAAAUCAGGAAUUACUCAAUGACGCGUAUGGAAAGUGCACAAGUGCAGAUACAGCCAUGUUAUUCUUAAAAGGAGCUUCUUAUGGACUGACCAACAAUGGUGUCAUCUUUACGGGGUACCCUAUAAUUGGAUACCAAAAUCGGCUCCAAUCAUCUGGCACAUGCCUAGACAGCUUAAAUGAUGGAUUACUAACAGCUUGCCCAUGGGAUCCUAGAGUGAAGGGACUAUUUUUUCACCAAACAACAUUUAGCAUUAGCCUAUCAAAGGUGAAGGGUUUCAUACAAGAUGUGCAAAAGUUGGCGAGUUUGGACACAAGAUCUUUGUGCGUAGUGGGACUAUACAAUGGCAUUCUCAUGAGAUAUGUCACAGCUUCAAAUGCAUACUUAGGAAAACAAGACAAUGCCAUAGACUUCGACAUUACCUACUAUCGAAGCAAAGAUCCUACGGCCCCGAGGCUUUAUCAAGACGUCUUAGAAGAAAUCGAGCAACUCGCAGUUUUUAAGUAUGGCGCCUUGCCACAUUGGGGGAAGAACCGAAAUGUUGCUUUUAUAGGGGCAAUCAACAAGUAUGCAAAGUUUGAUGAGUUUUUGAAGGUUAAGGAAAAGUAUGAUCCUUCAGGGUUGUUUUCGAGUGAUUGGACUGAUCAGAUUUUGGGUCUCAAAGAAGGAUUGACCAUAAUAAAAGAUGGGUGCGCUUCCGAAGGGUUGUGUAUAUGUUCACAAGAUUCUCAUUGCGCUCCCAGUAAGGGGUAUUAUUGUCGAGCCGGAAAGGUGUACAAAGGUGCUAGAGUAUGUGUCAAGUUAAGCAACAGUUCAUCAGAAUUUGCGCUUAAAUUAAUGUAAUUACUCAUACGAAAAACUAUAAUGACAUACUUUUUUUAUCCGUUCUUCAUCAAAUAUUCAUUGAGGCGAUUAUACCACACACGUCUAGUUUGGUUUAGUCCAUAUAAUGACAUUUCAAUUUUUAUGGAAAAUAAGUCUCUAGUUUUGAGCUAAAAGCGGCACCGG